AUGUCAGAAAUCACUUUGGAAACGAAGUUGGACAAGGCCAUUGAGGCUGAGAUGGACAUCCCUGCUGCAUUGGAUGGAGGUGCGAUGUCAUGGUCAAGCAAACAGCAAUCGAUUGUAGCACUCUCGACAGCUGAGGCAGAAUACGUAUCAGCCUGUGCAGCAACGAUGGAAGCUGUCAGUGAACAAAAUGUGCGCAGCGAAGUUUUGACGAUGAUACCAGUGGCGAUCAAAAUCGGCAUCGAUAGCCAAAGUGCAUACAUUAUGGCCGUGAAUCCAACCUAUUCGAAGCGCACACGACACAUUGAGAAACGGCGACAUUUUGUGCGAGAGCAGGUCAAGUUGAAGACAGUGCAACUUGAGAAAGUUCCCGGCCAGUUGAAUACAGCGAAUGCUUUUACAAAGGCACUGGACAAACGAAGACUUCAUGUGAAGUCCCAGUAUGGAAAGGAGUGGAUUGUGAAGUCCCAGAGGGUUAUUAGCCCAAAAAAUAGACCGACGAUGACUGAGACAAAGCUAUUCACGAAGGAUGAUGUUCCAGCCAAUUGGAAUGGAAAGUUCUGGCACACGUACUUCGAAAUGAUGAAGAUGACGUUCCAGGAUAUGGAUGAUUCCGGCGAGCACUGGGAUGUGACAUGUGGACGCAUUAAGGCUAAAUACUUGUCGACAGAUGAGGGAAAGCUGAAGUUGGCCAAGAUGGAGCAUAAACUUCGUAGAACGAUUUUAAUGUCGCUCUAA